GCGGUAUCAUGCAAAUUACACAUGCAAAUAUUACGUAGGCGACCAAUCACAGUGCAAUUGGGGUCUAUAGCGCAGACUUCAUGAGCGGUUUUUGCGCUGAAACACCCAAUCAAAUUAUCCAUGUUAUGAACACGCGUGCGUAAUUCACAAAGCGAUGCGCUUAUCAAGUUUAGUUAUUGCUAUGCUGGUGGUUUGAUCACAAGAAGAGUUUGCAGAAAAUAAUUUAACAGCAAGACCGAGACUGCAGUCAUGCCAAAUGAUACCCAAGCAUCUGAAGGCCCCUUAGACCGAUCCUUUGAGGACUUGGUUACUAAGAUCCUUGCCACUGAAGAUGACUGUGUGACAAACGACAACCUGGGUGCCCAGAUUUCUCUGACACAAGAGCUGCUAGAUACCCUUUCAGCUGGAAGCUGUUUUGAAAAUGGCAUUCCUCCUUGGAAGCAAGCUGCAAUCCCUGACAUCAGUGGUGUAUCAUCUGCCCAGCUGAUCCAGGAGGCGCUCAAUUGGAUGCAACAGAACAAGAAUGGACAGAUGUUGAAUGCUGAAAGUGAAAACAUGUAUACAGGUUCUCCACACAGCUCUCUUGCUGGAAGCUACAGUUCUGGAGAUGAAAUUGGUUGGCCAAAUAUUCCACUACCCAAGGUUGAGACAGACCUGAAUCCUCCCUGCAUGAGCCGUAGCAGUCCACAGAUUCCACAGCUAGAUGCGAAACCAGCUCCAUACAACUAUGAAAAUCAACAGCAGCUCAACAACAUGCCACCCUCAAGAGAAGACUUUCCCUUCCAGUUUCCUCCAAAUAGAGCCUCUCCUAUCAAUAUGGCUGAAAUGAUGGGUGUCCAAACAGACCCUCAGUUGCCUUCACCAAUGGGUAGGUUCAACAAUGGCAACAAUCUACGUGGCUCACCUGUCCAGUCACCACCAGUAACCCAACCUCCCAUAUCCCCAAGUUUCCAUUCCCAAGAUGAUUACCCAUCUCAACAGCCAAAUUUUCCUCAGCCUUUCCAAAGGCCUCCCUUCAAUAAUCCCAGAGAUUUUGACAUGUCUCAAUAUGCUAGAGCACAGCAGUGGAAAAAUCAGCAGGACAUGUUUCGCAACAUGACAAAUCCUAGAUUCAAGUACGAUGCUCAAAUGGCAGCUGGGUUUCCUCGCAACAAUUAUAAUACUCGCUAUCCUUAUAGCAGCAGACCAAGUCAUGUUCCAGGCUGGGUUAAAAGAAACCAAUCACUCAACAUGAAUAUGAAGCAGUCAACAUCAUUUACUGAGAAUUAUGCUUCCCUGCAUCACAGCCCAAUGUCACCAACAUCACCAAUACUGAAUGGGGAAGUUGCUGCAGCAAUUGAAGACUGCCAGUACCAGUUACAGAAUCUGGAAAAGGAAAGGAGAAAGACUGAAACUGAACUAGUUAAAAUGAAUCCAGGGAAGCGCAUAUCAAGUUCUAAUACCAUUGCAGUGCCUCCAUUACCACCAAAUCCAUCUGCCUUGGAUCAACUUAUUGUUGAAGAGUACAGAGAGCACAGCAGGAUGACUACUCUGUUGAGCAAGAUUGGAGGUCUGAAUGCCAAGGCCCUUCAUCCAAACAUUGAGGCUUGCCUAGAUACGUGGAUGUCAGCCAUACAGACUGUUGAAGCACACCGAACAGCUGAAAUGUGUCAAACUCUCCAUGGAAGGAAUAUUCAGGAUAAAGGAGAUGGAAGCAUUGUUACAAAGAUCAAGAAUCUCCAUCAGGCCACCAGUGCAGCAAGAACGAAGUUGUGGUGUGCUCUUCAACUCUCCAAAGAAAAACACAUCCCUCCCAUCAAUAAGGAGCUCUUGAAUUUCCUCCCAGAAAUGGUGAGGCUCAUUUAAUUCUGUAUAGGAUUCAAGACCUUAUAUCAUUAUCCAUUGAUGGCAUCUGGUUUUAAAUGUAGUGUUUUUUUAAACACAUUUUGGUAUCAAGUCAGAUUAUAUCUAUGACCAUUCAGUAAAAACUGAAACAAGAAAUUUCAAACCUUAUCAUGAUUUUCUCUCUCUCUGUUUCCUAGAAAGUGAUUAUGUGUUCAAUAAGCUGAUGUAUUUAUUGGAUUUUUUCUAUUCCAAUCCCCAGUAUUGAUGUGUGUUUGAAGUUAUAAGAAUCUUAGGAUUUGUCCCUGUUAUGAAAUAUUUUCUGUUGACUUUAACAUUUCAAAAUAUAAUUAUGGGAAUUAUAAUGCAAUACAAAGUGCUUGAUGAAAAACCAUAAUCAUAUUCAAGGAUAAUGUGACCAUUACUUUAUCUCAAGAUUGAGUUUUUUUUUGAGAAACAAAUGAAUAGCUAAAUGAGAGCCCCAAAUACUUAUGAAUAAAUAUCCUAAGGCUCUUGAUUGCAUCAAUCUUUUUAAUCUUAGAAAAUGAUACGUUCCAGAUUACUGAUACCCUAGCUUUUGGCUAAUUGUUAAUUAUUUUAUAUAUUUUUGUUAGCAUAAAUCUAGUUCAGUAUGUUCUAAGUUUUGUAAACCCUACAGUAGAUUCUUUGCAGUAAUGACAUGAUCAUUGUUACAUCAUUGGUGCAUUCUUUAAUGAUUCAAUAAAUGAACAUUAAUAGACAUUCUACUUGGAAGAAUUUUUUUGAAAAUAAUGUUCACAAAGUCAACACUGCUGCUAUAUAUAUUGAAUUUUGUUUAGGUGAGACCGCCAGUGGCAUUCCACUUGUUAUGGAAUAUGGUUAAAUGUCCCCUAUGACCCUAUGAUAAUAACAUGUCUCAAUAUUAACAUCAAAUUCUACUAUGUUUCAUUACAAACUAGGGUCAGACCAAUCCAAUAGGGUAUGCGGUGACCUUCAGAGAGAGUUUCAUAUUCUAUAGAGAAAGAUAUAAACAAGCCAUUUAAGGCUUGCAACACUAUAUUAAUGAAUGGGGUGCACUUAACAAAUUUGGAAGCAAUUCAUAAGCUAUGCAAUGAUAAUUUUGAUGUAUAUUGAUAAUAUUGAUUAUGCAAUAUUUCUCAUUAUGAUAAAAUAGAUAUCUGUGCGAGGAAACUGUUUCAUCAUCUAUUUUCAGUAGAUAAGGCAUGCAUCAUAAAUAUCUGAUUUUAUCCAUACAGGUUUAUUUGUCUAAAUGUUUUAAAAUGUAUAAUGUUGAACUACUUCCAUUUAUUUAAAAGUAGAGGGGGGGGGGGGCUUUGCAAGUGCAGUAUACAGUUAGGGCACAUGUACAAAGGAUAUGAGACUCUAGUUUUAAUGCUGACUUUAGCAGGGUUUUUUUUAAUUUUCAUUUUGAUUUUAGCUUGAUUUAAAUUUUCCUAAAUGUGUACCAAGUUAUAUGCAAUUUUCGGCUUUAUAAGAUAUUUUGUUCCUUUCGUAGCCUUUUUUUUUUCUUUUGUAGUCACUCACAGUUUUAAUUGUUAUGUUUUAUUGAUGUAUUAUGCUGUGUGCACAGGACUUGUAGAUAAUUUUCCGAAUUAUAUUUAUAUCUGUAUUUGAUAGUAGUUUCAAAUGAUAUUAAUUGAUUAUGCUUGCAAGGAAAUAUGAUCAACCAUUAUUCCCUGUUUAUUGCGGGUACAUGAAUUAGUAUUUUUUUUAUAUUUGUAAUUAUGCAAUCAAAUGUAGAAUAACAAUGGUUUAAUUGGUUUCAUCUUCUACAUAAUUGAAUCAGGAAUUAUUUUUUUAAUAAUAUCUUAAGAUCUGUAACAAAUUUUAUUUGCCUUGUUACUGAGUAUGGUAAUGAAAGUAUGUUUUUCCAACUUUGUAGAUAAACCAUGUGACUGCCAUGUUCUGAACGUAUUUCAUUAGAAUUCUUUUAAUUUGUUUUUUUACUGUCAUUCAAGGGAUCUUGCCUCUUUUCAAAAGUUGUAAAGGAUGUGUUGAUAUAUUUUUGUUUAAAAAGUGUCUUGACUAAAAUGACUCACAGUUCAAACCACUUUAUUUUGUUCUUAUUGGGAUGUUGCUUUCCGUAGGCCAUGCAUGAGGAUUUUUCUUUACCUACACUCUUUCAUUUCUUGAUUAUCAUAAAUCCAAAAUACACUUGAACAAGGGCAGCAGCUUUAUUGUUUAAUAUCUGAAUGAUAAACAAUAGUUUGCUAUUGAUGUAUAUGAGUUCCAGACUUUUGAUACUUUUAUACAAUUAGAGUUUUUUCUUGUAUUAUCAUAUCUAAGAAUGUAAAUAUGUUUAAAUUGUACUGAUAACAUAUCUUUGAACAAGAAAAACAUUGCUCUUCUGAUUAUUUGAAAAUUGGUCAAAACCAAGAACAUGAAAAUUGAACCAAGCUUGGAAGAAAUAAAAUUAAAUCACUUAUUUAUUUUAGGAGAAUUUAUUUUUGGGAAUUACAUUAGUUACGUUGUCUUCCAAUCAUGUAGGAAUGGGCAACUCGGGUCAUAAAAUUUCUCUUCUUAUUUAAGGGAACAAUCAGCAGGGGUUCUAUUAAUGAAUUUACUUGGAUAUACAUGUAGGGAAGGGGAAAUGGUUCAGAAUAGAUCAUGCAUUGUCUCAAUUAAUAUAACUUCAUAUUAACAUUGAAUGAACUGUUCAAAAUUGGUGAAUAUAUACUGGGUUAUUGCUUUAAAGCAACUUUAUAUUUUAUGGCAGUGGGUGAUUAUAUUUUAUUGAAUUUAAUUCUGGCUUUGGAAAGUUAUAUGAAGUAAUAUCAGUAUCAUGAUCAUGACAGUAUCUCGCUGUUUCUUUGUAAUUCUUUUUUUUUGCAGGUUAUUUUCAGAAAUAUUUAAUCAGAAUAAAAGAACAUCUAUAUUUUGUAUAAGAAUCAGCGUAUACAACAAUGAUAUCCAAAUUAUUUCAAAAAAGUUAUUUAUUGAAUGGUUGCUUUGCAAAAAAAUAAGGCGCCAACUAUAAUCUUGACAAAUGCAUUGUGCAUGUGACAACUACGAGUCAAAUUGAAAAAGUUGAAUUAAUGUUAUGUGUUGAAAGUAUGAAGAUAGUUCAAGUUUAAUGAAAAAGUAUAUACAAGUUAAUGAAAUUAAUUGCAAUAUGUUUAAAAGUUAAUGAAAGUUCGUCAAAAUGUUGUAUAAAUGUUUACCUUAAUUCACACUUAAAAUGAAUUGUCUGACAACACUGUUGUACGUCUUAAAGCAUUAUACAUGUACUUGAAUUUUGUUAAUUGAAAACUGUUCUGUAUGGCAUUAUGCCAUUGUGUAUAGAAGUUUACUGAGCUGUUGACCUGUUAUAUGGCAGUUAUUCAAUUUCAUGAGUGCAUUUCUUUUCUUCGAUUAAAGUAUUUCUUUAGCAUGU